AUUGAAAUAAUGAUUAAAUCCAAAUAAUUUAUUGUUUGGUCGACGGAUCGACUCUCAAAUGAGAUCAACAUAUUUGACAUCAACUUUAAGACUAAACAAAGUAUGAGACCAUUGCUGACAAUAUGUCUUGUUUUGUCUAUCAGUUGUCUAAUGAUGAUAACUGUAUCGACAGUCGAUACAAAAGUGACUUUAAGUUCAUUAGAAGACAUAGAAGUGUUGACAUAUUUUCUUCUUUGGAAAUAUAAUUACUUUCACAACAACUUACACAAGAAGGAUGAAACCAUUUUUGGUUUAAAUAGUGAUACUUUUGGUGCCAACGAUGAUGAAGAAGAUGUUGAGUCUAAGCUUUUGGGAUUUUUGGAGAACUUGAAGGAUAACAAACUUAUACAACAUAUCACUAAUUCCUCGUCAUUAAGCACUUUUGAUACCAGAAGUUGUGAUAAUAUAGACAAUCGGCUGAUAGAGAAAUGGCAGACAAAUAUUACUUCUGAAAAAAUUCGUAACAUAUGUGAGGCGGCCUCGGGAUGCAAAUCAUCCAAACAACUGAUUGAACUCAUCGAUAGUUCCAAUAAAAGUCCAGUUCCUCAACAACUGCUAAGUCAAUCAAUUGUCCGCUUGUGUCCACUUAUAUUGUUUCAACUUCAAGAACAUCAAUGUAUAGAACAAAGAGAAAGUCAUUAUAAAACACUGAACCGUCCGACUUCUGGUGCUAUUUGGGGGUUUGGUAUCCUAUUUGUCACAAUUGUCAGCUUUUGUUCCCUAAUAGGAGUCGGAAUACUACCACUUUUAACCAAAAAGACAUACGAUUUAGUAUUGAAUUUAUUUGAAGGCUUAGCUGUCGGUAGUUUAGUGGGUUCAGCGAUAUUUCAUUUAAUUCCUCAGGCAUUCAAUCUAAAUACUAGCGGUUCUCACGUAUAUCUCUGGAAAGCUCUCAUUAUAUUUGGUGGUAUUUAUCUCUUCUUUUGGUCCGAACGUAUAAUGAAAAUGGUAGUCGAGUUUAGAAGGAAAAGGAAACUUAAUAUCCAAUCCAUCCCUUCGUGUACCAGCGCUGAGAUUGAUCCGCCCAAACAUGUGUCACAUAAACAAGUGUACUUUAAAGAUAUAGAUUAUGAUAAUAAAGCUAAUGGUGUUGCCAUCGAUAGUUUGACAGAAAAUGACAUCACUUCUAGUCAUGAAAACAAUUUAGAUAAUGAAAUGGAUAAGACUUCAACAGCUGAUAGUCGUUCAGAAUCUAUGAUUUUAGAUACAAUUAAUAGAGAAAGAAGUAGAAGUAAUUCAUUUAACUUUAAACACGGACACUCACACUCGACUGGAUCAGGUGCUGAUAGACAAGAGAUAGCGACAGUUGCGUGGAUGAUCAUCUUCGGUGACGGUCUCCACAAUUUUAUUGAUGGUAUUGCUAUCGGAGCCGCAUUCUCUCAAAGCAUUCUUGAAGGCAUUAGUAUAUCAGUCGCUGUCAUUUGUGAAGAAUUCCCGCACGAAUUAGGAGACUUUGCUGUACUGUUAGCGUCGGGUAUGACUAUGAGACAAGCACUGGGCUAUAAUUUUGUAUCUGCCUGUACCUGUUAUUUGGGUUUAAUGUUUGGCAUCUUAUUGGGUGAUUUGGCUGAUGCGGCUCCGUAUGUCUUUGCAUUGGCCAGCGGUAUGUUUCUCUACAUAGCUUUGGUAGAUAUGAUGGGCGAACUGAGUACCGCACUCGACAACGCUCGCCAACAGGGAAUGACUCAAACAUUUAAGAUUUUAUUAUUACAAAACAUUGGUAUCCUUUUGGGUGUCUUUAGUCUGUUAUUUUUGGCCAAAUACGGCGAUAAAAUUAAUUUUGAAGGUUUAGUUCCUCCUAAACAAUCAGAUAUUCCUUUUACUCAAUAAUAUACACUAUAAUUGGCAAUA